CAUCGGCUUCAACCCAGCGGUGCCCGUUCACAGAUGCUCCCAGGCAGCUCUGGGGUUGCACCGUCCCAUGCACGGCGUUUUAUUAAGCAUCCUGGUUAAUUUCAUGAAGUCCUCACCCCAGCCACAGAGCGAAGAGCCAGGAUGGCGAGGGGCGGUGGAGCAGAAGGGAACAGGCUUUGUCCCCCCGCCCAGCCCAGGGGCGGUGCGGCCGGGGCUCCCAACGCCGCCUCGCUCCUCGCCCAGCGUUUGCUGGCUUGGGGGAAAGCCAUCCUUUGGGGAGAAAGCCGUCUCUUGCGGGCUUGUAGGGUCCCGGUGCCAUGCGGGGCCUGCUGCUCUGGGGGGGCUGGCUGCUGGCUGCCGGCUACCUGGUGGGUGCCACGGGCAGCUGCCGGCACCGGUGCUGCCCGGGCAGGAAUAACGCCUGCUGGGUCGCAGGCGCCCGCCGGGCUCGCUGUUACUGCGACUCGUACUGCGAGAGGACGGGCGACUGCUGCGAGGACUACCAUGCCACGUGCCGCCAUGCCGCGGUGGGCUGCGCGGUGGGACCCUGGGGGCCGUGGAGCGGGUGCAGCUCCCCGUGCGGGGUCGGCAGCAAGGCCCGCAGCCGCCAGGUCACCGUUCCGCCCCGGCACGGAGGGGAGCCGUGUCCCGACCUCAAGCAGCGCCGCGGCUGCCUGGGGGAGCACCCGACCUGCGGGACGGCCGAAGAGGUGGCCAAGAUAUUACCCGACUCCUUCAGCCGGGACUUCAGGGAUGCCUGGCGAAGAGCUGGGCUGCUAAGACACCCCAACCUCUUCCCUACCCUCCAACCACCAUUUUCCUCCUUCCUCCCCCCCGUCCCCAGCUACUGCGGCUACUUCCGCCUGACGCAGGUAGGCCCCCCCUGCCGCGGGCAGGCCUGGAGCCGCCAGCUACACCGGGACAAGCGGGUGUGCGUCGAGUGCCGGGGGCACGUGUCCCACCGCCAUCCCCAUUGCACUGGACAUGGGCUGCAAGGAGCCAGGACAUUUUGGGUGGCCGCCUCCAUGGUGGGGUGCCAGGGCUCGUGGGUGCAGGAGGGGCUGCAGGAGGGUUGUGUCUGCUCCCCACCGGCUCUCAUCUUCGUGUAGCAUCCCCCUGGGAAGGCUUGCGGCUCACCCUUGGAGCUGACUUCCUGCAUUUUCCAUUAAGUAUUUUGUUGAAGAAUGGGAAGAAAGCACUGCUUAUAAAGAUUAAAAAUAAGGGAAUUGCGAAAGUAUUGUGAUUAAUGGUGAAAGACCAUCACGCCGAGGUUAAAUUCGGGUGAGAAGGUGAUGUGAUGGU